UGCAGUUGACCCAGUUGCUGAAUAAUUCAACAAGAGCAUGGUGGUUUUUAUACACUGUACUUGCAUGCAUAUGUAGUCUCCGGAAGGUGGCGGUGUGGAGCCAUCAGUUCUCUUUUACUUUCAUUGGCUACGAAGAAGAGCGGAACUGCUGUUGUCAGAGAUGUUACUGUGGAUACGUGAAGUUUACAACUCGCAAAGUCAGGCUUUAUAAGAUGUCUCCAUCACUGAUUGGUGUUUAGAGCCACUUUCCAGCCCAGUCUACAUUCACUAUGCUGCAAGCAGAAACCCUCCAACUGCUGUGCCUCACAGCCUCCAGUGGGGUCCCUCUGUUCUCACGAGGCUCCUCCAAGCAGCUUCCCUUUUCCAUCAUCGGCUCCCUGAAUGGUGUUCAUAUGUUUGGCGCCGGCCAUGGGGCCCAGUUAGCGAGCUGUGAGACGGAUCAAGAGAGCCGUGUGGUUUGGGGGGUCUUUCAGGAUAGCCUGAUGCUCAUUGCGGUUAGUGGUGGCGGGGGCUCCGCCAUCAGUGAGCUACAGUUGCACCGCCUGCUAGAGAACGUGUGGAACUGUAUGGUCCUGGUUCUGGGACAGGACGAGCUGGCGAACGUACGCAACGUGGAACGGCUAAAACGGGAGUUGCGCUCUUGCUACCGCCUAAUCGACAUGCUCUUGGAACGCAUCAAUGACGAUCAGGGAUUUAUGGGAGAUUUGACGCAGUGUUCCGACUGUUUGCUUCCCUCCCACUCCAGCUUGCUUCAGGAAGCCCUAGACUCUUUCGCCCAAGCGGCAGAGAGUGAAUUUGGCUGCCUGCUGGUGCAUGGCCGCGUGGCGCAGGCCACGGAGAAGUGGUGGUCUCGACUAACGUCCCAGGAGGUUGUUGUGCUCUCAGUCUUGGUGCAUUCACUUUCAGGUGCAUCUUCAUGUGACUACCCCGUCUUCCUGCCCCAAGGAAGUCCUACAGUCGCAAUUCGCUUGCUCAGUUUCCAACUGCUUCCUGGGGUUCACGUGUGCAUCCUCUGUGGCCCCAAACCCUCUUUGUGCAAGGCACAAAAUGAGCUCAUUGGUCGUUUUUGGUCCACUUUUGCGGAGAACCUGCGUAGCUGUUUGGAGCAGGCCGAACGCUCUACUCUUCCCCCAUCUGUUAACCUUCGCUGGGACAUCCAGGCUCUUCUGCUCAUCAACCGUGAAUCUCGACGUGCCGUCACCGUCUGCCCUCGUGUGCGCAGUGGUGCUCCCUCGCAGGCUACGCCUCUCCUCUCAUCAGCCAGGCGCUUGGAGCUCCUCCGCCUCUUUUAUACAUUUGCUGUGACUCGAUAUUUUACCUCUCAGGAGACCUCAGUUUCGUCAGCCUCAACUACCUCAGAGGAUUUCUCUCAGGGCUUUACCCACGUCCCUGUGCAGUGCUACCUCGUCACAGAUGAGUGCAAGUGUUAUGCCCUGCAAAAUUCCCAACACCAGCUCUUCGUCCUAAUGGAUCUCUCUGUCCCCACAUUUGCCUUGCGUAACGUGGCUACACAGACUCUCUCAGCGAUUACUGCUGCAACUGGUUUCUAGGGCAUUGGUUUGGACAUGUAUGACUUACUAACCAGAUACCAAACUUACUGGAUUUGUAAAAAUGAACAGCUCAAGCAUUAUUAAAAAGGGUAGUUCACCAAAAAAUAAAAAUUCUGUCAUCUUUUUUUUACUCUCAUAUCCUUGUAUGAACUUUCUGUGAAAAACAAAUCUAAAAAUUGUUUAUACAAUGACAGUCAUUGUUCGAAACAACAGUGAAUCCCAUUGAGGAAAAAACACCAAGACAUUUUGCCAAAUGGCUUAUUUUGUGUUCCACAGAAGAAAGAAAGGCAUGCAGGUUUGGAACCACAUGAAAGUGAGCAAAUGAUGACAGAACUUUCAUUUUGGGUGAACUAUCCCUUUAGCUGGUCACUGGUGAAUUCUGGCUGUGAUCAUCAGGUUAAGUCUCCUGCCUUGUUGUUUAUUAAUCACAAGAAGAUUUUUGGUAACACAAAUGUGAUUCUAGAAAGUGAAUCAAAAUAUAGACUCAGAAACACUUAAUGACUACUGUGUAACUUUAUAUGAGUAGCAUUCACACUGUCAUACCACAUGCUACCUUUGGUGUGUUGUUACUGAACAUGAAUGUAAAAAUGAGUUUGGCUUUGAGGACCAACAUAGCAGUAUUUUUGAAGGCUGUGUAUGUUAGUAUUCUCUUAAUAACACUGGUGAACAAAUUGUUUAAUAAUAUGUUUGAAUUUGUGGUGUGAAUAAAUACACAUACAUUUUUAGAUUUUCUUAUGUUUUAGUUAUAUUUUCAUGUUUCAGCGCCAACAAGGAAAUAACAUUCUGCAUUCUAGCAAUAAAUCUUGCUGCUGUUAUUAUUUCUGAGCCUGUGUUCACUG